CAUAUUUCACUGAAGGACUUUGGGUGUCCCUGUUCUCGACAGCCUCACUUGUGGUUGAGUUGCUGCCUGUUAACACUGUUAUGCGCUCAAACAAUGCAGUUUAGACAAGAUACACUUUUGAGGGUGUUUCUUCUACUGGUGUUCAGUUCCCUUGCAUGCAGUGACACUCUGCAUCAGAUAGACGUGCGAGAUGGAGAUGUACAACGGCUGCCUUGUGUCUUAGAGAAAUCAACCUUGAAAUGUCACAUGUCUGAAGCAAAUAUCGAAAGUUCUCAGAAGACUCAGCUGGAGGUCGUACCUGGACAGAUGGUUGAAGUUCACCUGAGAUCAAACAGUUCAAAAGAUUCCAUGCAAUGUUUCUGGGAACACAGAGAGACAUCCAAUUUGUUCUUGUUCAAGUUUUUUGAAAAAGGCAUGGAUGACAUAUACACUGUGGUAUGUGGUAACAGAAAAUCUGUCAACGUCUCAGUCCACAUUCAUUCAACGGAAACCAGACCAUCAGUGCCAGAGCUCACCACCGUCCGUGGCAAAAAAUAUGAAAGUGCACGUUUUCGAUGUGUUUCCGAGGGAAAUCCCAAACCAACAAUCACGUGGUAUGAAAAUGAAAAACAUCGCAGCCAAGGUCGAAUGGAGAUAAGUAGGACGGAGAAAGGAGUGGCCGAGAGCAAAAUGAGCAGUUUGGAAUAUUCUAGAUCAAAUAUAAAGUGCUGUGCCAAAAACUCACACGGAGAGGAAUGCUCCUAUAUCUAUCACUACGACCUUGACACAGGCAGGGAGGAAAGUGAGGCUUCUGAGAUUUGGCUGCGUCGUGGUCAGUCGCUCUCGCUCCGAUGUAAGGUCACGGGCAAACCUGCCAUGCCGUGGUACUUCAACAAUGACACAAAGCUCACAGGACUAUCUGAACAGAGUUAUGAAAAACAAUUGGAGUAUUAUUCCAUUGCCUCAGUUAGCCAAAACAAUAGCGGAGAGUAUCACUGCAACAGCAGUCACGGGCAAAGAAAAGCAGUAAAGGUUCACGUCUUUGAAAAUGACUUUCUAAAGAAACUAAAUCUGAGCAAACACAUCACAAUCCAGAACAAAGACAGGAAGGGUUUCUGCUUCCGUGCUGAGGUUCCGUCUCACCUAAAAGCAAAGUGUCAGUGGGUUAUGCCAAAUGGCUCCAUAGUGCCAUGCGAGGAAACUCAGCACCUCUCCGCUGUAAGCACUUUUACAUUAUGUGACCCAGAACCAGGCCAAUAUCAGAUCCUACUGAGGAGUGGCAGAGAGUUCACUACUGGAAAUAUGUCUCUUUGUGUGACAGAUUUACCCAAAUUUCAGAUCCUCCAUGACCUGACCCAUGUCACCUGUAUGACCAAAAGUAAUCUUCCUGUACACAUUUCCUGGAUGACCUGUCCAUCAAACGCUAACUAUAAUGAUACUUCAGCAUGGAAGGAGACAUACACUGACUCUCCAAAGGGCACAGACUCAGGGCAGUUCUGCCAGAAGACCAUCGUUGUCUCUCGGCCUCUCAGCGAUGUGAAUGAUCACUUUGUGAAAUGCUGCUGGAGGAAUAAUAAUACGGAUUCACACUGCAGUGAGCAAAUCCUCGUGAAAAUAUCUUCAGUAAACUAUUUUUUCCUGGUUGGGGCGUGCAUCCUGGCGUGGAUCCUCACCAGCGUGCUGGUCCUGUUUCUCUUCAUCCGCAAAAAAAAGCCUGGUUAUGAGACACAAAUCCAGAUGAUUCAGAUGGUAGGACCCUUGGACAAUGAUUACAUCUACAUUGACUUCAAGGAUUUUAAAUAUAACCAGAAAUUAGAGUUCCCUCGCGAGAAUCUGGAACUGGGGAAAGAGCUGGGCUCUGGAGCUUUUGGCAUGGUGGUGCAGGCUACAGCAUAUGGCAUCAGCAAGCCUGGAGUGUCCAUGCAAGUUGCAGUGAAAAUGCUAAAAGAGAAGCACCAAGCGGUGGAGAAAGAAGCCUUGAUGUCUGAACUGAAGAUGUUAAUGUAUAUUGGAAAUCACACCAACAUUGUGAACCUGCUGGGAGCCUGCACUGGAACAGGUCCCAUUUACCUGAUCUUUCAAUACUGCCAUUAUGGAGACCUGCUGAAUUACCUGAAGAACAACAGAGAGCACUUUUACAAGUCCUUAACGGACGCUUUCAACAAGGACAGAUUCAGAAGCCUGUACAACAACUACCAGAGGAAGAGAAACUCCAGUGACGUUGUUCAGUCUGGUGAGAACCCGUACAUGCCCAUGUCCCCGGUGAACAAGGAGCAGGAGUCGCUGCUCGGCUCUACAGAUGUUAAUGAAGAUUUUUUUGAAAGUGGAGAUGAGGAAGACCACCAGACUCUCACCUACGAAGAUCUCCUGAGCUUCUCCUACCAAGUGGCCAAGGGAAUGGAGUUCCUUUCCGCUAAAAACUGCAUUCAUCGAGACCUGGCAGCCAGAAAUAUCUUAGUGACCCGAAGCAGACUGGUGAAGAUCGGUGACUUUGGUCUGGCACGAGAUAUUGAAAAUGACUCUAACUAUGUGGUGAGAGGAAAUGCUCGUUUGCCGGUGAAGUGGAUGGCCCCGGAGAGUAUUUUUAAAGGGAUGUACACCAUGCAGAGUGAUGUCUGGGCCUAUGGGAUCCUGCUCUGGGAGAUCUUCUCUCUAGGUGUGACUCCGUAUCCUGGUAUAAAAGUAGAUAACACCUUCUAUGCCAUGAUCGAAAGAGGGUUUAAAAUGGAGCGCCCGUAUUACGCCUCUGAGUCUGUGUAUAAGGUGAUGUGCCACUGUUGGGCUCUGGAACCCCAAAACCGACCAUGUUUCUCCAAACUCGUGGCUUUCAUGGAGUACCAGCUGAGUGAAUUUGAGGAACAGCUCUACUACAACGUCGAAGGGCAGAAAAAAGGCGACUCUGUGUACCAAAAUACUCCAGUGAUCCCAGAGUCACAAGAAAUCGUAAAAGAAGAUGAACAUCAGUCGUCAGUCACAGAUUCACCCUGCGGCACUGAAACAGCCGACUCAGAGAAUAACAUGGAAACAAUUACUUACCUUUAAAAAGCGCUUAAGGCUACAAUCUAUACAGUUACUGUCAGGGUUGGGCAAUAAAUAUCAUACCAUGAUUCUAAAAGCAUUUCUACAAAACACAGUAUUUAUCAUGAUACAAUAUAUAGGAUUGCUCAGGAACUACCAGCAAUACAGAAUGGUUUAAAAAAAAAAAAGUUUAC